AUGUCAUACGCCGAUCUCAAGGACAAAGUCUUCGUCGUCACGGGUGCCGCCUCUGGACAGGGCCGUGCUACGUCCAUCCUCCUCGCUCGUCAAGGCGCGAAGCUUGCACUGUUGGAUCUAAAUGACCCCAAAGCCGUCAUCAAUGAAAUAGAAAACAUCGGCGGGGAAGCCAUAGGAUUUAAAGUCGACGUCGUCGACUCUGGCGCGAUCGAGGCCGCCGUUAAAGCAACCAAGGCAAAAUACGGCAAGGUUAACGGAGCAGCUAACCUCGCUGGAUGGAUCGGAACUCAGGGUUUCAAAGGGAAGGGGUAUGCCCUGGAUACCAUCAAAGACGAGGAAUGGGACGCCAUGAUGUCAAUCAACCUGAACGGAAUCCGGAACAGUUUGUCGUCAGAGCUGAGGCAUAUUAGCGACGGUGGGAGUAUUGUCAGCGUCGCCAGUAUUGCUGGCCAGCGAGGGUCUCCCUGGAAUGCCCCUUAUGGAGCUGCUAAAUGGGGGGUUAUUUCCUUGACCAAAUCGGCUGCGCAGGAGGCUGGGACAAGGAACGUCAGGGUAAACGCGGUGGCUCCAGGUGUCGUUGAUACACCUCUUGCUGCUGCCCUAGGCUCUCCGGAUCUGGUAUUCCAGAGAAUGGUUUCGAGAACCGCCCUUCAACGACUCGCCCAGCCUGAGGAAAUCGCCAAUUGCAUUCUAUUCUUGCUUAGCGAUACUUCUAGCUUUGUCACAGGAAGUGUUCUAAAUGCAGAUGGGGGAUUCCAGUAG